AUGGCCCUCUUUUCCUCCAUCACCUUGAACUACUUCCGUAUUUGCUUCUUGUUGUCCAUUGCAUACUACAUCAUUAAGGAUCCUAACGCCCUUCUCCUCAACAACUAUGUGAUUAUCUUUGGCAAGUCGCUCGAAUUGCCCAUUAUCGACAAUUUGUCCAGUCAUAGCAACGACAACCUCUUGGGCUUGUUCUCGGUUCUCUUCAUUGUCUUUGCUCUCAAUGACUUAAUAGUUAUUGUGUCCUUGUUGAAUGUUCCAAUCUUCAAGAACUUGAAUUCAACCACUCCAACUCUAGUCAUCGACCAAGAUAACAACCGAAUCGACCCCAACGAUUCAAGUAACUUGGACAGAUACGAAUUCAAUACCUCAAAUAAACUAUACUAUAUCUAUUUUGAAAACUUAAUUCCCUUCAGAUUGUUGGUUCUAUUUUUCAUCAUUAUUUAUUCCUACUUUUCGGCAAACUAUUACUUUUACAAUGACUUGGUCAUACUCUAUUGUUUCUUGGAAAUUUGGAUCAAUUUCAUGAUAUAUAACUCUUUAAAACAAGAAAAGGAAUUGAGAGUAAGAAAUUUCGGUAGAGAUUACAUCUAUGAAAAAGAAUUGAAUGAAAAUAAUUUCAUUAAAGAAGACGAUCAAAAUCAAAGCGAAAGUGAUAGUGAUAGUGAUAAUGAAAGCAAUGAUCUCGAUGGAAAUACAGAUGGUUGGGAUAACAAGUUCGAAGAACCAAUAAGAUUAUAA